AUGGGCCGCUGCAUUACCACAGAAAGUGAAGAUGGUCUGUUCUCUACGGACUCUCCUUUCAGCAGUGAUGGUGACACUUUGAGUGGGAGUUUGAAAGGACCAGGUGUUGUUCUGAAGAAAGGCCCGUGGACAGCUGCCGAGGAUGCAAUUUUAGUCGAUUAUGUGAAAAAGCAUGGAGAAGGCAACUGGAAUGCAGUUCAGAAACACUCGGGCCUUUCGCGGUGUGGGAAAAGUUGCCGUUUGCGAUGGGCAAACCAUUUGAGGCCAAACCUCAAAAAAGGAGCAUUUACACCAGAAGAAGAGCGGCUAAUAAUCGAGCUUCAUGCUAAGAUGGGGAACAAAUGGGCACAAAUGGCUGCACAUUUGCCAGGAAGGACUGAUAAUGAGAUAAAGAACUACUGGAAUACCAGAAUAAAAAGGCGUCAACGAGCUGGUUUACCGCUUUAUCCUCCCGAUAUGCCCCUACAUGCCCAUCCAGAGAAUCAACAACAAUUCAGUUCACCUGGAAUUUUCGGAGAUAAUGUAUGUCAUGACAUCAUGCAUAGCAGUGGUUAUGGGACUCCUAAUAACAUGCUUGAUAAUUAUGACAUUUUACCAUACGCUCCAGAAUUUCAUGGUAUUUCUGACCGUAUUUCAAAGGGUAAUGUUUUUGGUACACCUUGUGAGGCACUUCCUUUUGAACGGUCACUAACUGAAGGCUUGAUUAACAAAAUGCCUCAGUCCCUAGGUCUGAGUUUCACUUGUGGCCCUGACCCCACCAAAAAACCGUUUCCUUUUGGUGCCAAGCAGGAUAUUCAUCAUACGUCAAAUGUAAUUUUCUCUGCUUCUAAGCCCAUAUCAGGUGCUCAGAAGUUGGAGCUCCCUUCACUCCAAUAUCAACAGAUCAGUUUUGGUCUGUGGGACCCCACGCUCGAAUCAAUGGAUCCCAUAGUUCAUUCUCCUCCACUGUCUCUAUCCGGGCCUUUUUAUUCUUCGAAUUGUCCUAUCCCAGGAAGCAGUGGUCUCUUGGAGGAUUUACUUUAUGAGGCUAAGGCUCUAAGCAAUCAAUCCUCUGACUGGAGCGUUUCAUCUAACUACAGCCAUGGAAACAGUUCUGCCUUUAAAAAAUGCUCCACAGAGGUCAAAGAUUACCUUGAUCCAGGUUCACCGUUAGGUAACUCGAUGGGAUUGAUUUCCGAUGAUUACACUCCUACUGGUGACAUUGGGAGUUCAUUGCAAGAUACUAUGUCUGCAUGUGACGUGAAAUCAGAGGUGUUGAAUGGAAGUUGGAUCCUGGCUUCUGAAAGCGAAAAAUUUCAGAAUAAUUUAGAGUGUUGUAGGCCAGAUGCAAUACUUGGAUCUUUCGGUAGCUGGAUGGGGCCAAAUGAAAAGCAACAAAACUGCCCCAUGUUAUUAACUGAUGGUGUUCUUGCAGGUGACAACAGAUGGGCUAAUCGUGGCCUAAAAAGUUCUUCCUCCUGGAAUAACAUGCCGCCCGUCCGCCAAGUGUCAGAUUCUUCCUCAAUAUUGCCAGACUUCUAA